AUGGUACUUACCAUUGCAUUUGAAUUUUGGCUUCAGACAUUUGAGGCUCCGCAGUUUCAGACUGAAGAAGCAGAUCCAAAAAAGGUAGCUUCUAUCAUUUUGGGUGGCGGUGCCGGGACACGUUUGUUUCCUCUUACUGGGAAAAGGGCAAAGCCAGCGGUCCCGAUUGGAGGAUGUUACAGGUUAAUAGACAUCCCAAUGAGUAACUGCAUUAACAGUGGUAUAAAAAAGAUUUUCAUCAUGACACAGUUUAACUCCUUCUCCCUCAAUCGUCACUUAGCCCGGACUUAUAAUUUUGGAAAUGGUGUGAAUUUUGGAGAUGGAUUUGUGGAGGUUCUAGCUGCCACUCAAACACCUGGAGAAACAGGGAAGAGGUGGUUCCAAGGAACAGCAGAUGCUGUGAGGCAAUUUGUAUGGGUCUUUGAGGAUGCCAAGAAUAAGAAUGUGGAGCAUGUACUGAUUUUAUCUGGUGAUCAUCUUUAUCGGAUGGACUAUAGGGAUUUUCUGCAGAAGCAUAUUGAUAGUGGUGCUGAUAUUACUGUAUCCUGUGUGCCAAUGGAUGACAGCCGUGCGUCUGAUUAUGGACUGAUGAAGAUUGACAGCACAGGGCGUAUCAUCCAAUUCUCAGAGAAACCUAAGGGCCCUGACCUGAAAGCAAUGCAAGUUGAUACCACUGUUCUUGGGUUAUCCAUCAAGGAAGCUGUCAAAUUACCAUAUAUUGCAUCAAUGGGUGUUUACUUGUUUAGAACUGAUGUCCUGCUAAAGCUUCUCAAAUGGAGCUACCCCUCAUGCAAUGACUUUGGCUCUGAGAUAAUUCCGUCUGCUGUUAAGCACCACAAUGUCCAGGCAUAUUUAUUCAAUGACUACUGGGAAGACAUUGGAACCAUAAAAUCCUUUUUUGAUGCCAACUUGGCCCUCACAGAGCAGCCCCCAAAGUUUGAAUUUUAUGAUCCCAAGACGCCUUUCUUCACUUCUCCUAGAUUCUUACCACCAACAAAAGUCGAUAAAUGCAGGAUUGUGGAUGCCAUAAUUUCACAUGGUUGCUUCUUGCGAGAUUGCAGUGUGCAGCACUCCAUUGUGGGUGUGCGCUCACGUUUAGAGUCAGGAGUUGAGCUUCAGGAUACUAUGAUGAUGGGUGCAGACUACUACCAAACUGAAUCUGAAAUUGCAUCUCUGCUUGCGGAAGGAAAGGUUCCAAUUGGUGUUGGACAGAAUACAAAAAUCAAGAAUUGCAUCAUUGACAAGAAUGCCAAGAUUGGAAAAAAUGUCAUUAUCGCAAAUGGUGAUGGCGUUGAAGAAGCCGAGAGACCAAAUGAAGGAUUUUACAUAAGGUCUGGGAUCAGUGUCAUUCUGAAGAAUGCAACAAUUAACGAUGGAACAGUUAUUUAAAAUCUGUGAAGGCUUCCUAGAGCUGCUUGUGCAGAUCAAGCUCUCAGUCGUAACUGAGAAGAUUUGGUCUGCUGCUGCCCCUCACUAAUUUACAGUGAAAACGUAGUACUGACGUUUUUGUUUGUAAAUUGCAUGUUCCUUCAAUGUAAAAGAGCUUGCAAAAAGUAUUUUAUUGUAGUUCCUAAAUAAAUGCAAGUGCUAUAUUUAUCCACUAGUGAGAAGUGUCAUAGCUAAGAUUAAAUACAAAGCUUAAUUACCCACAAAACCAUUAAUAAAUCACAGAGCUCUAUUACUCAG